AUGGUUUCUACUGAGAACACAAGUGUUUUGUCGCCAGAUGACUUCUGCCCCAACUGCAGCUCAUCCGCCCAGUCGGAGGUGGAUGUGGGCAAGGCGCUGGCGUUGGGGGCGGUGCUGGUGGUGUUUCUGUUGUUCGGCGUCCUCGGUAACAUCCUGGUCAUCCUGUCCGUGCUGCUCCAUCACCAGUGGCGAUCCGUGACGCAUUAUUUCAUCGCCAACUUGGCGGCGGCCGACCUCUUGUUGAGUUCGGCCGUGCUGCCGUUCUCGGCCACCUCAGAGGCGCUUGGCCGGUGGGUGUUCGGACGCUCCUUCUGCACUGUGUGGGCCGCCCUGGACGUCCUCUGCUGCACCGCGUCCAUCCUCAGCCUCUGCGUGAUUUCCAUCGACCGCUAUCUGGCGGUGAGCUACCCCCUGCGCUACCCUGCGAUCGCUACCGGACGGCGCGGCCUGACGGCGGUGGCGGCGCUCUGGGGAGUCUCCGCCGCCAUAUCGGUGGGCCCUCUAUUCGGCUGGAAGGAGCCCGACCCGGAAGACGAAACAGAGUGCCGAAUCACGCAGGAACCUGGAUACGCCUUGUUUUCCGCAUUGGGGUCUUUCUACAUACCGCUAGCCAUCAUCCUGGCCAUGUACUGCCAAGUCUACACCGUGGCAAGACGAGAAACCAAAAGCAUCCGGGAGAGCACGAAGGGAGAGGAGGUGGAGAUGGGAGGAGUCAUGUUGAGGAUGCACAGGGGGAACACGGCGGCUCAGGUGGGGAAACAGGACAACAGUGAGGAAGCGGGGACGCACAAGCGGCCGUCGUUUCCUCUGCCGAAGCUGCUGAGGUUCUCAGGGGAAGAAAAGGCAGCCAGGACUCUUGGCAUUGUGGUCGGCUGCUUCAUCCUGUGCUGGCUCCCCUUUUUUCUGGUUUUACCAAUAGGCUCCAUCUUCCCAUCCUAUAAGCCUCCUGAAACCAUCUUCAAGAUAACCUUCUGGCUGGGUUACCUCAACAGCUGCAUCAACCCCAUCAUCUACCCGUGCUUCAGCCAGGAGUUCAAAAAGGCUUUCCACAACAUGCUGAGAGGGCGCUGCGUAAGAACCGCCGUUCCCGUUACCAAGCAAGGACACAUCGCCGCUCAUUCCUCCAGCCCAGGUCCAACAUCCAACGCAUCCGUCCAAAACCGCGCUGCCGCUUCUUCUUCUUCUUCUUCUUCAUGGGCUUGCUGCAGGACGCUGUCAAUGUCAUCAUCGUCUGUUGGUGGUCAAGACCCGGAUCGGAUUGGACACAUUCAGGGGAAAGGUCUGUUAAAGGCCUGGUGCCUUUCAGCCCGGCGAACCUCUGUGCCACAGAACCCGUCCACAAACGGGUCAACUAAAGUCUUACGUCUCUCUCUUGGCAUUUCCGGCGACGCCGUUUAA